AUGCCAGAACGGGACGACAGAGCUGCGUCCACUGCACGUGUCAGCAGCAGCAUGCCGCAUACGACGAUGCUGGACACGGCUACCAGUAUGGCGGCGUUGCCCGCACAUCUGCCUCAUGCGACAUCAUCAUCAUCACAUGGGCUUCCCAUGGCGCCCAGGCAGAAAGGCAAAGAGAGGCAGUCGUGCGAGAUGUUCUCGUCGGGAGAGCCAUCGUCGCCCGGUUCAUUGUACGACGCUUUUGUGGCCGAGGUUCCCAGCAACGAGAGCGAGGUUACGCCUGCAACGGAGCGCAACAGUGGCUCUAUCAUGCACAAGGAGGAGAUGGAUAAGAUGAUGGGCACAUUUGCCGUGUCGGAUGAUCUCUGA